AUGGCCGCAAGCCAGACGACCUCCGCAGCCACAUCCGCAACUCCGCCGUCCCCCGCCUCCACAGCACCACCUCCAGACCUAAACCUGCGGAAUCCGUUGCCAUUAUCUGCUACACAGGAAGCUCAAGUGAGAGAUAUAUAUUACAAACGGGUGAGAGGGUAUUGCGCGCCGGAAAUAAAAGAAUUCGCGGCCUGCGCCAUAAACCGCACCAUAACCGCAACAUGGGUAUGUCGCAAGGAACGCCUGGCCAUGAACGCGUGCAUGGUCAAGCACGCGAAACCCGAAGAAGAGGACCGCGCACGCGAAGAGUGGUUUGCCGGCCGCGAGGAGCGGAGGCGGGCUCGGGAGCUGGAAGAACAGAAGACGGCAGAGAGGCGGCGAGAGGUCAUACAGAUGAUGAGGGAGGAUGAGGAGAGACGGAGAAAAGCGGAGGCAGAGAGGGUGAAGAAAGGGUGGCUAGGUUAG